GGGCGUGGGGUGGCCGGCCUCCUAGGGCUCUUUGACCUGUGGGGUCCAAUAAGAACAUGUUUCUAUUUCUCUUUCACCCCCCCCCAGUGGUUUUGACCACGAGCCUGGCCCCUGGGCAUUUGUGUACCCGGAGGAGUUGUAGGAGAAGAAACCCAUGGCGGGGUGGGGUCAUAGCUAACACAAAGUGCUUGCCAUUGUUUUGUUUCUGUUUACAACAGUCCUGUAAAGUAGGCCAGUAAGGACUCCCAUAUUGCAGAGGUGUGGGAUGGCUGACGAGGCUCGCGGAUGACGCCUUGCCGAAGAAUCAUAGAAUUGUAGAGUUGGAAGGGACUCCAAGGGUCAUCUACUCCCACCGCCUGCAACGUUGGAAUCUUAAAGCGUCUGUGACAGAUGGGCAUCCAACCUCUCCAAAGGAGGAGAGCCCACAACCUCCCGAGGAAGACUUUCACUGACAGAUCUUACAGUCGGGAAAGUUUUUCCAUGUGUUUAGAAGGAAUCUCCUUUCAUGUAACUUGACUACCUGAUGAGUUCCUGUUAGAGGCGAGAUUUGAAUGAGCAGCAUCGGGAUUUAUAUUUGGGCACUUAUCUACCAUGCUGCAAUAGAUUUCUGGUACACAGAGCAGUUGAUGUGAAGCCAAGACAUGAAUCCCGUUGCAUUCUUUGCUCAUUUAUCUGGUGUAGCUCUUUGAUGUUCCACCCACAAGGAUGCAUUGGGGGAAAAUGAGAAUAUUCUCAACUUCUGUUACCCUGGCAAAUGUGUAAACCUAAUUCAGAUUCAUCUCCCUUUAUCUCUAGCAUAUGUCGCCCAAGAGGAUAGUAUUCUAGAGAUACAGAAAGAUGAUCACAACAGCAUGGGACAGGCAUAGGCAAACUCGGCCCUCCAGAUGUUUUGGGACUACAACUACCAUCAUCCCUAGUUAACAGGACCAGUGGUCAGGGAUGAUGGGAGUUGUAGUCCCAAAACAUCUGGAGGGCCGAGUUUACCUAUGCCUGGCAUAGGAGUUAAUAUCUAUCUUUUUGUGCAGGAAAGCUAUUACCAGAACAACUGUUAACAGGCUGUAGGGGUUGGAGCAUUACAAAUGCUGGCAAGCUGUAGUGGAAAUAGUGACUGGAGGUAACACCUUCACCAUCAGCCUCCUUCCAGAAGGUACAAGUUAUAGUUGUGUGCUCAGUGAAUAUGACUAGUGUAUGACUAUGAAACUGGGGUGAAAACUGCUAGUUCAAUUGUGUACUUAACAGAUGUGUUUGGGUAGUACCAGUCUACUGAUCUAUGAGGCAUAUUUGCCUUGCUAACCUGUGGCUUGUAUUCACCUUUUGCUCAGAGUAGACCUAUUACAAUUAAUCCUAUGUAAUGGACAUUACCUAAUUUCAAUGGGUCUGCACCGAGUUGAAUACAACCAAUUCUCUGUUCAUAAUCUGCUUUAGUAGUGAUUUGUAUUGUCAUCACUUGCUAGAGCUGCUACUGUACGGUACCAAUUUUAAGAUCAUUAACAUAUUUUAGCUCAGUAACAGCUUGUUCUUGUUCAGUUGCCUUGAGGUGCUUAUAUACAUUUCAAGUUAAAAAUGCUACACACAUUGGCUAAUAUUCUAGCAACGAUAAACACAUAAAUGGUAGUCUUUCUCCCAAAUAGUUGGAGGUCUAAAUGGAGACAACUGGAAAAUGUUAAGUUUCCUUCAUUGUCAUUUCCACAACAGAGAAAAAUAAUUGUCAAUGUCUUUCUUUUUCUACGUUUAGAAAUUAAUUCAGCAGCUUUUAAAUGAGGCCAGAAUAAUGAGAGCAUCCAUUAAAGUAUAAGCAGAGUACUUUUCAGGAACCUGGUCUCAUUUAAAAGCAACUUAACUAACACAUUAGUCACUCUGCUAUUUUGGUCUACUGUGGAAAUGACAAUAAAGAAAGAAGCAAAUGUUCUAGUUGUUUCUAUUUAGACCUCCCAUAAGCAUUUGGGACAAUGACUGCUAUUUUAAGUAUGUAUUGUUGGCUACAGUAUUAAGCCUGCAAUCCUCUACAUGCUUACCUGGAAGUAAGCCCUAUUAAACUAAGUAAGAAUUAUUUCUGAGUAGAUAGGCAUAGUUUUACAACGUAGGUUUGCCAAACUGUAUACAAAAAUCUCACAUACUUGGAGCUGAAGAGCAGCAAAAUUGUAAUUGUUCAUGUUAAUGUAAUUCAGUUACAAGACCAGAGUCUCAAUUCUCACCAGCUAUGAAGCUCAAUGGAUGAACUUGGGCCAGUCAUUGCCUCUCAGCCUAACCUACUUCACAGGGUGGUUGUGAGGAUUAAGUGAGGAAAGGAAGAAUCACAUACACUGCCUUGAGCUCCUUUGAAAAAUGGUGAUUUUGUCUCAAUAGUAUUUGUUGUACAUUUCUGUAGGUCUCUAGUUUAGCAAAAAAAUAAGAAUUUCUACACAUUUCUUUGAAGCUAUGAAAUAUUACAUGCUUUGUCAUUUUGACUUUUUUGUGCUAGAAAACACUCUGUGAUGUCAUUCUCAUGGUCCAGGAAAGGAAGAUCCCAGCUCAUCGUGUUGUACUUGCUUCAGCAAGUCACUUCUUUAACUUGAUGUUUACCAAACCGGGAAACCUGUAUUCCUCCAGAUGUUCUUGGACUGUCUCUCCCAUCAGCCUCAGCUGGCACAGCCAAUAGUGAGGGAUGAUGGGAGUUGACCAACAGGAAGACCACAGGUUCCCAUUCCUAUUUUAUAUAGAGACAAACCUUGAGCUGGGUUGAAAUGUAUGUAAGACUGGGAUGUAGUUUUGUGAGACCAGAAGUUCUUGAUACACCUAUUCUUAGUGUACUUGUUUUUCUGUAAAUAAGAUUUCUAUAAGUAAGACGGAAUUAGGAAAACAGUUUUUAAUAUAUUUAAAUCUAGAUUCCAGCUUGGCCAGUUCUAGGUUCUGUUGCUCAUAACUGAUCUCUGUGACUGUCUUGAAGUUCGCUUAACAACUUCCAUUGCAACUGUUUCCCCCCCCCUUAAAUUAGAGCAGCAGGUCCUUUGAGAUGUGGGUGCAGGGGUGGAAUUGUUGUUCAGGUUAGAUGAUGGUGUUAUGUAUCUAAUUGCAGCAAAUAUGAUUGAAUCAAAAUCUUAUGAAGUGGAGUUAAAAGAUGCAGAGCCAGAUAUUAUUGAGCAGCUUGUGGAGUUUGCUUAUACUGCAAGAAUUUCUGUAAACAGCAACAAUGUCCAGUCAUUGUUAGAUGCCGCAAAUCAAUAUCAAAUUGAACCUGUGAAAAAAAUGUGUGUGGACUUCUUAAAAGAGCAAGUUGAUGCUUCAAAUUGUCUUGGUAUAAGUGUGUUAGCAGAGUGUCUUGACUGCCCAGAGCUCAAGGCUACUGCAGAUGACUUUAUCCACCAACAUUUCACAGAGGUUUACAAGACAGACGAGUUUCUGCAGCUAGAUGUUAAACGUGUAACACAUCUCCUGAAUCAAGACACGCUAACUGUAAGAGCAGAAGAUCAGGUUUAUGAUGCUGCCGUCAGGUGGCUGAAGUAUGACGAGCCAAACCGUCAGCCUUACAUGGUUGACAUUCUUGCUAAAGUCAGGUUUCCUUUAAUUUCAAAAAAUUUCCUCAGUAAAACAGUACAAGCUGAGCCACUUAUCCAGGACAACCCUGAGUGCCUCAAAAUGGUUAUCAGUGGCAUGAGAUACCAUCUGCUUUCUCCAGAGGACAGAGAAGAGUUGGUGGAUGGCACUCGCCCGCGAAGAAAAAAGCACGAUUACCGCAUUGCCUUGUUUGGUGGCUCACAGCCACAGUCAUGUCGGUAUUUUAAUCCAAAGGAUUACAGCUGGACAGACAUCCGAUGUCCCUUUGAAAAGCGGAGGGAUGCAGCCUGUGUUUUCUGGGACAACGUGGUUUAUAUUUUGGGCGGCUCCCAACUUUUUCCUAUAAAGCGAAUGGACUGUUACAAUGUUGUGAAAGACAGCUGGUAUUCGAAGCUGGGGCCUCCAACACCUCGGGAUAGCCUUGCAGCUUGUGCAGCAGAGGGUAAAAUAUAUACAUCUGGUGGUUCUGAAGUAGGAAAUUCUGCAUUAUAUUUGUUUGAAUGCUAUGAUACGAGAACAGAAAGUUGGCACACAAAGCCCAGUAUGCUGACUCAGCGAUGCAGUCAUGGGAUGGUAGAGGCAAAUGGUCUCAUAUACGUAUGCGGAGGAAGUUUAGGAAACAAUGUUUCUGGAAGAGUCUUGAAUUCCUGUGAAGUUUAUGAUCCAGCAACAGAAACGUGGACAGAACUGUGUCCGAUGCUUGAAGCCCGAAAAAAUCAUGGACUUGUGUUUGUGAAAGACAAAAUAUUUGCCGUUGGGGGACAGAAUGGCUUAGGUGGCUUAGACAAUGUGGAAUAUUAUGACAUUAAAGUAAAUGAGUGGAAGAUGGUCUCUCCCAUGCCAUGGAAAGGUGUGACUGUAAAAUGUGCUGCUGUGGGUUCCAUAGUUUAUGUCUUAGCAGGCUUUCAGGGUGUAGGUCGUUUGGGGCACAUCCUUGAAUAUAAUACUGAAACUGAUAAAUGGAUAGCCAACUCUAAAGUCCGUGCUUUCCCAGUGACCAGCUGUUUAAUCUGUGUAGUUGAUACUUGUGGAGCAAAUGAGGAGACACUAGAAACAUGAAGGUUUCAGGAUUGCUACUUGUGAUGCUUCUGCGUUUCAAUUUCAUCUUGUCAAGAUGUCAGUACUACAGAAAAUUUUUGGAUGAAAUCCUUCACUUUAUCUCCACUAUGUGUAUAAGGUGGAUUUGCUUGUCAAAGUUGUAUUUUUUGGAAGUAACUCAAGAAUCUACAACCCUAGAUUGAAGACACAUGAAAUUUCCUUAAGAUGCACGCGCGCAGUUUUGCCACAAACCCUGCUGUCUAAGUAUAUUGUGAAAUAUUCCAACAAGAGAAUUUUUUUAGUCACCUGCAUUUUUCAGAGUUUAAAAUAAUUAAAAUCUUCACGUAGCAAAACUGAAUGAAACAAACCCAUUAGUUGGAGUAACUUUGCUCAAACAUCUGUUCUGCUGAAACAUGUGUUCUACAAAGAGAUAUACUGCAUUACUUCAAUGCAAAUCCCCCACAGGAUGGUAUCCAGUUACUGAGUGAAACAUAUUGUGCUUUCUAACUAUUUAUGCACCUUCUUCUGGUACUGAGCAGGCUCAGAUAACUAGGGGCAUAUCUUAUAUGAGCAUCUUUCAUGCAACUGGAAUGGUGACUGGCAACAGGCAAUUACUCCCUCCUCCAUGUUCUUAAUGCCAUCUGUGCAAAGCCACAAACCUAUGGUAUGUUUCCACUAUGUCCUGUCUACCAUGUGCAUGGGAUAUUAUGCUUUUUUCAUUAGUGCAUCUACUUCCUAAAAUAUUUACUGUGCAGAUGAGGGUACAUACUGCACCUCUCUACAGGAGCAUUGGGGGGAGUCCAAGGGUACAAAUGGUCUCCUACCUGGACAUACUAGAAGGUUCAUUUACAGGAGAAAGAAAGUAAAUGUGUUAGGAAUAGUUGGAGUGGAACUAAACUUGCCCAGGCAAUUCCCAUUCAUUGGUUUUGUCCCUAAUCGCAGUCUAAUAAGUUGUAGGGUAUCCAAAGUAAAACCCAGGAAAUAAGUUUGUUUAGAAUGUCUGUUCCUUCCAAUUCCUUGUUCUCAUUGGAGUAGAUCAAAAUUCAUACCAUUUUUUUACAUGCCUGAUUUAAUAUGCAUCUGAAGUUCCAAAAACUGCAUAGUGUGUACUGUAAAAAGCUUACAUGUGACAAAGUGAAUGACUUAUGACUUGUGCAAAAACAUGUUUGGGGUAUAAUAUGUGCUUUAGUUUGAGAACAUCCUAUAUUAUUUAAAGUACAUUUUUGUAUACUUUGUAAUACUGCCUUUAAUACUAUGUUAAAGUGAUACACAUACCUGCAGAGUGAUGGAAGUCUACUUUUUAAAAUGACUAUUUUUUCGUGUUGGGUCUUUAAACAAAUUCUGAAGCACACUUUUUAUAUUAUUCUGUUUUAAAGUAUUUCCUUCCCCUCAAACCUUUUGCCAAAAAUGGAAUAAUUUGAUAAGAAAUUCAAAUCUAGCAGAUGCUAUUUUUAACUUUUUUUGUUUUUAAAGGGGGUUCCCAUAUAGUGCAUAUUUAACUUCAAUCAGUCCAAAUAUGGACCAUCCAGUAUGAAAACACUCAUUUUCCUUAAUUCUAGGUAUAUCCCUGUUACGUAACUAGACAUCGUGUGACAAAACUGAUUCAUUGUCAGUUCUUAGUAAAUGAACUUGGUGCAACAAGUUUUCUUGGACUGUUUUUGUGUAUUAACAAAUAAUGUAUUGAUAAACCUUGCCUACUGAUUACUUUUGCUAAGUAGAAGCAAUUUUUUUUAAAACCUCAGUGAGGCUUGUGGUCAGUAAACUUGGUUAAAUAAAUAUGUUUUUCUUAAGGUG